GUCUGCGCAAAGGGCCGUAUUUUGAUGGCGUCAACAAUCCACACACAGACACAGCCAAACUAAAAGGAAAAUGCCAGGCUCCUCUUUUGCAGCGCUUCAUGGGAUUGGUUUAGCAGGCAUCAGCAAUGCCAUUGCUGCGUGCUUUACCAAUCCAGUCGAUGUGAUCAAGGUGCGGAUGCAGCUGGCAGGUGUUGCACAGCUCACCAGUUGUGAUGCUCAGACGGUCCUGGCCGCUGGGCAAAAAUUGUGGCGCCAUGAAGGGCUCCGAGGUCUUUACCGAGGCUUGCAGCCAUCUGUUUUGCGAGAGCUGUCUUACAGUGGUGUCCGCAUGGGCCUCUACGAGCCUAUUCGAGAGAUGCUUGUAAGUUGUAAAGGUGGUAGCAAGGAAAAGACUUCACCCUUGCUCAUUAAGAUUGCUGCCGGGGCUUUCACAGGUGCCAUCGGCUCCUUGCUGGCCAACCCAUUUGACCUGCUGAAGGUUCGCAUGCAAGGAGGAGAUAUCAACCAAGCUCGAAUGUCAGUGGUCGCAGCUACCAAAGUUGUAUACCGGGAAGCUGGUACUUCUGGACUGUGGCGUGGGGCUGGCCCGACAGUGCAGCGCGCAACUUUGCUGACAGCAUCCCAGGUGCCGAGCUACGACCAUGCAAAGCACACGCUUCUUGAUCUAGGCCUUUUGAAGGAGGGUUACUUUUGCCAUUUCACUUGUAGCAUGCUGGCCGGAGUUGUUGCGGCGGGGGUUACCAGCCCUGUUGACCUUGCCAAGAGCCGCAUCAUGACGCAGCCCAUCAAUCCGGAGACUGGACGAGGCGUCCUUUACGAAAGCACACUGGACUGCCUUCUAAAAACGGCCAAAUCAGAGGGACCUUUGACGGUUUUUCGCGGCUUCAGCAUGCAGUGGUUGAGACUGGGACCACACACCACGAUCUCACUAAUGUGCUUUGAGCAGCUUCGCCACUUAGCUGGCAUGAGUUUUCUUUGAAGCUGGAGCACGGUGUGGGUUCUGGAAUUGUUUGAAGACCAGUUAAAAUCAGUUAAACAGUCAGAGGGUGCCAUGGUAGAAACACCUGGCCCGCAGCUGCCACUGUUUUAGUGGUGAACCUUCGUUCCGACAACGUCAAGACCGUGUGUCCAUGAAGAUGUCACUGCUGUCACAAGAAGAGUGGGGUGAGAUGUGGGAUGGUGGUCUCGGGACAGACCUUUGGUGUCCGCUCUAUCAAUGGGGUGGGUAUCUGUCACAAUGUCUUCUCUGGAUUCACCUCCCAACGUACGCCAUUCCAUGCAUUUUUGGGAGCC